CUGACGGAGCGAUCUUACGCGACUAACUCCCCAACCACGCUCGAAAACCGGAAAAGUUUUCAAUCACAACAUUUCGUUGUAUCAACAAAAACAAAAAAAUACUUGUGUGUCUCCUCCUGUACGGAAGUGAUAACGUCGACCAUAUGAAAAAUAAGCUGGGAAUCAACUUUUUGACGAGUGAGAAGUUCGUCGGCGAUCUGCCGGUGAACGUAGCUGUGCAACAGCGGACCCCUAAGAACAACCCGCGCCGCGAGUCUGUUACUCCGAAGAUUGUCGUCUGCCCACCAAUCGAAGAGAUGUCGGAAACCAUCACAGCUCCCCGCGGCGGCAGGCUGCUGAAAGCUCUCAGCAGCCGCCUCUCUCGCCGGGCUAACGACUCGGAUUCCGUCGGCAGCUCGAGCAGCAGCGACAGUGUGUCUGGUGAAAAUGGACGUGCUGAUGACCGAUCGUCGUGCUCAGUCAGUGAAUCCGGAAGCGACGGCUCUGAGCGUCACCGCCGGCACCGCUCUACUGUGUCUCUUCGCCGAGUGUUCCAAAGUCUAAGCCUGUCAUCUCGAUCGCAGUCUUGCUCUCCAACUGAACGUUCACGUCAGCCAAAGAAGCAAACUCAACCAAAGAGGAUCCUUCGGCCCCCAGUAACCUACACAUACGUACGCGGUCUCUCAGGCCUACCAACACAGAGAGUACCGCGACACACAGUGUGCUGCGCCUCCAUGGGCCUCAACCGAUAAAGGAAGACAGCAUUUGGGCCGGACACGGGCGGAGAUUAAGACUGGUUAAGAUUUACGAAUAGAAUAAAAGCGCUAGAGAGGCAAGUUCUCAUCAUAUCAGUAGAUAAUUGCUGAACCCUGGGCAAGUAGCCGACGUAACGAUGUCUUCAUAGAGGACCAAGGGAGGGUGGCGCCAGGAGAGUGCCUUGCUCCAGGCGCCGGGGCCUUCCGCAGCGUUCGCUGCAAGUUGAGCUGUGACUCGUUUAGUUGUAUUUAAGGGACAAUACAUAAGACUGUGUACUGAAUUGCAACUAGCUGUCGGUCUGUUGAGCAUUACUAGUAGACACUUUUCUAAUAUCUAUUCACCGGGUAUUGUCAUUGUUUGUAUCCUGUACUGCACUCUAGAAUACCAAUCUAAAUUACUUUAGACUAAAGAUUGGUCGAAUCACGAUUUAUGUACUUGUUUCAAUCACCACAUAACUGCAUACGUUUUGAAAUCGUUGUAAUAAUAAAGUAGUUUCAGUGAGUAAUGUUUGUACUGCAGUCGGUCUAAUGGAGGAGUUGUAUUGUGUAAAACUUUGAUUUUGUUAAUCAAGCAUAGUGCCUUUCCACCUUUGGGAAAUAAGUAGGUCUAGAUGUACGGUAUACUAUUACUUUAAGAACUGUGUACCUUAAUACUAUCCGUGUAUGGUGUGCCGUAUGGAAUUUAAGUACGUUACAGAAUAGAACACCGCAUGUCUUAGCGAGAAUUUAAAUUUACUUAAUCAUCACUUGAAAAUGUUUCGAAUUUGUACCUAUACAUAUAGAUAUACUAUUUGUCUACUAUUUGAUCAGUAAAUACUCAGUUGGUAUUGCCAUAUACUAAGUAGCUAGUUUAAAUAUUAAAUAAAUUAGAUGUAAGUAAUUUUUA